AUGAAAAAGGCUAAAUAAAAUGAAACUAAGCAGAAAGCUGAUUUGGAAUAAGUUGAAAAGCCAGUUGCAAAAAAAAUAAAAAAGAAUGAGGCCAAUCCAGCUGAAGAGUACUAAAUGGUUGACACAAUGCUGACUGCAGAUUUCUAUAAAGUCGACGUAGUUGAAUUAGCAUAGAAAUUAAUAGGGAAGAUAAUUGUUAGAUAAUUGCCACAAGGAGAAGUCAGAGCAAUAAUAGUUGAGACAGAAGCUUAUAAAGCCCCUGAGGACAAGGCUUGUCAUGCUUAUAACAACAAAAAAACAGACAGAACAAAGUACUUUUGGUAGGAUGGUGGUCAUUUAUAUGUUUAUUCGAUUUAUGGAAAUAAUUAUUGCUUGAAUAUCACAGCAGCAACCAAGGAUGAUCCAGAGGCUGUGUUGAUUCGAGCAGUUCAACCUUUGAGUUUUGACAUCAUCAAAGAGAUACGGAAAACCAAGUCUCCGAAGUUAUAGGACCUAUCUAAUGGUCCUGGGAAAUGUGGAGGGUGCUUGCUUCUUGAUAAGUCUCAUAAUGGAUUAAAUUUGUGCGAUCAGAAAAGUGGGAUGUAUCUGAUAGACAAUACUAAAUAAUACGAGAUUGGGGUUUCAGCUAGAAUCAACAUAGAUUAUGCAGAAGAAUGGAAAGAUAAGCCUUGGAGAUUUUAUGUUAAAAAUAAUAGUUUUGUAUCCAAGGGUUGA